GAGAGAGAGAGAUGAAGAGAAUAGGAGAUCGAUCUCCGUGGAGAGUGGAGGAUUGAUCUUCUUUUUAACUUCCAUAACUUUGACGAAGUAAAAACCCCAAGACGCAGCAUCGCUGUGUUUGUCUGUUGUUGUUUUCCGUUUGUUUUAAAAAUUUAAACGGGAAUUCAUGAUCGAGUGGGGUCGCCUCCUCUCCAAGAAAUCCAGCUGUUCAUCCUAUUCUUCACCCCCCCUCUCCCUCUCUGUUUUUUUUUUUUUUUUUUCCUCCGAUCGUUGAAGAUUUCUUCGGGCAAGAUCUGGGUCAUUUUCUGUUUCUGCUCUGAGGCGCGUGCGUUGGUUCAAAUCCUUUGAUAUUUUUCUCCUUCAUUCUCUCAAAGGCGGGCGUACUGGGCUGGGGAGAAGCCCGACAAAUUCGCAGAGAUCUGCUCCUUUUCUUUUUCUUUUUCUUUUUCUUCUUCUUCUUCUUCUUCUCGUUUGCAGAUGAAUGAGUAGGAAUGGGGAAGAAAGGGAAUUGGUUUUCUGCGGUAAAGAAAGCUCUAAGCCCCGAGUCCAAGGAGAAGAAACAUCAGGAAACCCGAAAAUCCAAGAAAAAAUGGUUUAGGAAACACAGGAGCACGGAUCUGUUAUCUUCGCCUGCAGAAACUACAGCAAUUCUUGUUCCUCCAACUUCAGUUGAGGAAGUGAAAUUGACAGAAGCUGAAAAUGAACAGAGCAAGCAUGCUUACUCUGUGGCACUCGCUACUGCCGUGGCUGCAGAGGCGGCGGUUGCUGCUGCUCAUGCUGCCGCUGAGGUGGUUCGACUUACAAGUACAACCCGUUUUUCGGGCAAAUCAAAGGAGGAAGUUGCAGCUAUAAGGAUUCAGACAGCAUUCCGGGGAUACAUGGCAAGGAGGGCAUUGCGGGCUUUGAGAGGUCUUGUGAGAUUGAAAUCAUUGAUACAAGGGCAAUCUGUCAAGCGUCAAGCAACCACCACCUUAAGAUGCAUGCAGACUCUUGCUCAUUUGCAGUCUCAGAUCCGUGCAAGGAGGAUUAGAAUGUCAGAGGAGAACCAGGCUCUCCAGCGGCAGCUGCAGCAGAAGAGCGAGAAAGAGCUUGAGAAGUUGAGAGCUUCUGUGGGAGAAGAAUGGGAUCAUAGUAUGCAAUCAAGGGAGCAAAUUGAAGCUAGCAUACUGAACAAGCAGGAGGCUGCUAUGAGAAGAGAAAGGGCAUUGGCUUAUGCAUUUUCUCAUCAGCAAAUGUGGAAGAACUCAUCAAAAUCUGCCAACCCAACAUUCAUGGAUCCGAACAAUCCUCAUUGGGGAUGGAGUUGGUUAGAGCGAUGGAUGGCAGCCCGGCCAUGGGAGAGCAAGAGUGCAGUAGAUAAAGAACUCAACAGCGACUACGGUUCUGUAAGGAGCAGCACAAGCCGUGGUUUGUCCAUUGGAGAAAUCACCAAAGCCUACUCUCAGCGCGAUCUCAAUACGUACAGCAAGCCUUCCCCAACUGGCCAAAGAACAAGUCGCCCUCCCAGCCGCCAAUCCCCUUCCACUCCCCCUUCCAAGGCACCAUCUUCAGUAUCGGGGUCCGGGAAAAUGAAGCAAGGGAGCCAGAAGGGGAGUCCUUGGGGUGCAGAAGAUGACUCAAGAAGCAUGCUUAGCGUCCAGUCAGAACGCUAUAGGAGGCAUACUAUUGGAGGGUCAUUAUCAGCGAGGGAUGAUGAGAGCCUCGCAAGCUCACCUGCUGUCCCAAGUUACAUGGCUUCCACGGAGUCAGCAAGGGCCAAGUCUCGCUUGCCAAGCCCACUGGGGUUGGAGAAGAAUGGAACUCCUGAGAGGCCAUCAGUGAGUUCUGCAAAGAAGAAGCUCUCAUUCCCAGCUUCCCCGGCUGGGCCAAGGAGACACUCUGGUCCUCCACGGGUGGAUGCUAACUCCCUUAAGGACUUUGUUGCACACCCACAAGAGAAAACUAGCAAUGGUGGGGACAGGUAGCAGGUAAUGAAAGAGAGUUUAUAUAUAUUAUAGAAGAAGUGCAAUUGAAGAAGGGUGAAUAAAGAUGCUUAAGCCUCUGAUCUCUUUCUUCUCUUUCUGCUCUUCUCAGAAGUACAGAGGAAGAAGAGUGAAUAAAAAAUGGGUUAUUUCUUCAAUUGUUGCCUUUGUCAUUGCCCUCAUUCCUCGUCAGUGUUUUUUUUUUUCCUUUCUUCUAAUGUGAUUUAUUGCGUAGCAGGAUUGGUUUCGAGGUGAAAUUAAUCCAUGGGCGCUGUUUGACUUGUUUGUUUAUUUUAUUGUUCAAUUGAUCAUUCAGUUUGGGAUCUUCAAAAUGUACUCUUUAAAUGGAAUGAGAAGAACCUUGCUUGCUGUCUCA